UUUUAUGUCCCCCUCAACAGAUUUGAUUGAUGCCAAACACCUGCGUUAUUUAGGUUUCAUCGCCACACUCACUUGCCUUCGAUUAAUCAAAUUUUCUCUCUCUGGCGACGUUUCUUCGUUCUCUCUCUUCCUGCUCCAUAUCCCUCACUAUUCGGAGGUUCCCCAACGCUUCUUCAAUGGCUGCUGCUGCUGCUAUAUCCUUCAACUCCGUCGGAGUUCCGGACAAAGUCGCUCCUUCCGGCUGCCCAAUUACUCGCCAAAUCUCUCAUUUUCGCUCUCCUUCUCUGCUCUCUUCCGGCCUUCGAUCUUCUCCCUUCAAUCCAUGCCCUGCCUUGCAAUGCCGGUGGUCUUCUUCCUCUGCUUCUUCUUCUUCAGGUUUUAGAGCGCAGGCUUUGGCGGUUGAACAAGCAGGUGUCGACAUUGCUCAGAAUGUUGAAGCUCCAGUUGUUAUUGUCACUGGGGCUUCUAGAGGUAUCGGCAAGGCAAUUGCAUUAACUUUGGGGAAAGCUGGUUGUAAGGUCCUGGUGAACUAUGCGAGGUCAUCAAAAGAGGCCGAAGAGGUCUCCAAAGAGAUUGAGGCAUGUGGUGGCCAAGCUCUUACUUUUGGAGGUGAUGUUUCAAAAGAAGAUGAUGCAGAAUCAAUGAUUAAAACAGCAGUUGAUCGAUGGGGAACAGUUGAUGUAUUGAUAAAUAAUGCAGGUAUUACAAGAGAUGGGCUGUUGAUGAGAAUGAAAAAAUCCCAGUGGCAGGAUGUUAUUGAUUUGAAUCUUACAGGAGUAUUUCUCUGCACACAGGCUGCAGCAAAAGUUAUGAUGAAAAAGAAAAAGGGAAGAAUUAUCAAUAUAGCAUCUGUCGUAGGUUUGGUUGGCAAUGCUGGCCAAGCCAAUUAUAGUGCUGCAAAAGCAGGAGUGAUUGGCUUUACCAAGAGCGUUGCAAAGGAAUAUGCAAGCAGGAAUCUAAAUGUUAAUGCUGUGGCUCCAGGGUUUAUUGCAUCGGAUAUGACCUCUAAGCUUGGAGAGGACAUCGAAAAGAAAAUUUUGGGGACCAUUCCCUUGGGACGGUACGGUCAACCAGAAGAAGUUGCCGGGCUAGUUGAAUUCUUGGCUCUUAAUCCUGCUGCUAGUUACAUUACCGGACAGGUUUUCACCAUUGACGGAGGGAUGGUAAUGUAAGAGGCUUUUCGAAGCCCCCACCCACUUGACCUCUGCAGCUUUGGGACUGCAUUACAUAGAAGUUCAAUAUGAGGUUUUACAACAACAGUAGCAUUUCCAGAUCUUGAGAUGCGGAGUUUAUGUCGUUGCGAGGUAGUUCAGAAAUACGGGGAUUUGACAGUUUUUUCAGUUUCUUGAGAUAGCCAUGUUGUAGGUUUUGAACAGAAGACUGAGUUUUUCAUUUUUUUUAGGUUCAUUAUCUGAAUUUCAUGAAAUGGAGUUUCUAGUUUGUUCAUGUUUUUAAACAAGCAUGUUAUUUAGCUCUGAAUGUUCUUCAGUUGUAUGGUAAUGUUGCUACAGACUUUGUAUUAGGGAGGAAAAUGAUUCAGCUUGUUUCGGAAAACAAUUUUUAAAAAA